AUGACGAGCGUGGCGGAGGCCGUCCACGUCGGCAGCUGCUGGUCGGUGGGCUUCACGUUUGACUUGUGCUGCGCCCCAGAGCAUGGGCCGGAAGGCAACCCCACCUGCUGGGACGAGGUGUACACCCACCAGUCCUGCUGCAGCGACGGGGGCGACCCGUCCGCGGCAGGCUGCGACAGCCCCUACUUUUCCCGCUUCCGCCAGCUGGAGGACAUGCCCGACCUGAGCCCAGACCUGAUCGACGCUUGGCCGAGAGUGCUGGCCAGCUCCGAGGCGAGGUGGCACCUCUGCGCCGCCGCCGUGCUGCAGGCCCGCCUGCUGCAGAUGGAGGAGCGCGCGUACCUGGAGCCAGCAGGACAGGCCCUGGACCGCCUGGCGGUGCACGCCUUGCUGCUGCAGCGAGGCAUCCAGGAGGGGCGGCUCUCCAGCGCGGACGUGCAGGCGUGGCCCCUGGAGAGGGGCCUGCAGCGCCUGCGCGACGCCAGCGGCCGCGCCGCGGGUCGCAGCCGGCGCCGCGCAGGCGUGACGCUGGUGUUGUGCUACUGCAACGAGGGCCUGGAGUGGAUGAACAGCACAAUUGGCCGGCCUCUCAUGCGGCAGGUCGACCUGGCCAUCGUGCAGAAGUGCCCCGAGGCGGCCGGCGGCAUCGUGGUGCCGUUUCGGCACGUCUGGAAGUCUGUGCGCGUCGACCAUGUGGAAGACCUGCCCCUGCGUGCAGACGAGUGCUCGGGCUAUCUCGGUGUUGGGGGCGGCGCGCCGCUCGGCUGGCUACGUGCUGGCGGCCUCGCAGGAGGCCCCGCCGCCGUGCCGAUCCGCGGUGGCAUGCCCGCGCCCUUGGCGGGCCCUGGGCUCGUCGGCCCCAUGAUGGGUGGCGCUUGCGGCGGGCUGCUCGGCCUCGGGGGUCCUGGAGCAGCAUGCGGCGGCCUGGCGAUGGCUGGAGGGCCUGGGCUCUUCGGCCAAUGGAUCCACGGCCCCUCCUCGCCAAUGGCGCUGCAGUCGCUGGGCGUGUACCCUGGGCGCGAGCUCGAGGUGGUGCUGCUUGACGCCGCCGGGGCCCCCAUCGGCACAGGGACGGUCUCGGCGCGGGGCUGCUGGCGGAGUGACGGCGUCGGGAUGUUCGUGGAGGUGUCUUUCGUGAAGUGCACGGCGGCGGCCUACGAUCCCCUGCUGCCGGGGCUCUUCGGCACGGGCCAGGCCGCGCUGCGUUUGUGUGCCCAGCCCGCCAGCGUAGCCGCCCAGAUGGCGACCUGGCCUGUGCGGACGGUGGUGUGCGCCGACAUCUUUCGUGUGGUGGCGCCUCCCGUUUUGGCUGUCGGUGGCGCUGGCGGAGUGGCGGCUCCAGGGGCGAUGCAGGGCUUUGUUGCGUUGCCGGGGCCGCCCGCGGGUGCCGCUGGCAGCGACGGCAGGAGGCUGCGAGAGAAGCUGGACACCCUCAAGCGCCAGCUCGCGAAGAAAAGGGUCGCCGGAUCUUGGAUGCGAGCAAGUCCGAGCGAGGCGCAUUGUCGGCGACAGGUCUCGAGCAGAUCAAGCAUGGGGCUGCGGAAUACCAAGGAGAUGAGGAUGAUCCAUGGGUGCCUUAACGCGCCGCUGGCUUGUCGGCUGCCCAAGCUAGGCGACACGUUGAUGCAGCGGCUGAAGGCGAUUGAGCAGGCUCACAAAGACGGCCACUGGCAGGUGGCCCAACACCUGGAGGUGAGCGGCGACGUGGAGGGGGGCCUCGCGCGGGCCAGCGAGGUGCGAGACGCCGUGAACGCGUUCACCGACGAGGCGAAGCUGGCUCAGCACUUAUCGACGGCGGGGAAGAAGGGGCGACGGCAGCGUCGCAUGGCCAAGGGCGGCGGCAGAGCCCCAGCGCCGGUGCAGGGGCGGCAGGAGCACGAGGCAGGUGGCGAGGCAGCUCGAGGCCCAGCCGCCGCCCCCGUCGGGACGCGCCGCAGCGGCGGGAGACAGCAGUCCCUCGCGAACGAGCCCGAGCCGAGGGGGUUCGCCGCUGCCAGCCCGCGGCACGGGCACGCCACUUGCCGGCGCCGCGUGCAGUUCAGGUCGGGCGAGAAGGGGGGCGGCCCGCAUGCUCGACGGCCGCCGUGGGCCACCAAGGCCCCAGGCGCAGAUCGCGGUAAGCCGAGCGGCAGGACGUUCCUAGAGAAGGCUGACAGUGAGGAGGAGGGUGCCAGCUCUCCAUCACGCGUGAACAUGUGCAGUCGUGGGAGCUGGGAGCCUGCUGCGACUGAGGCACCCGACUACGGCGCAGCGGAGUUGCGCGCGAGGUGCGAGGUGACGCCGACGGGCCCGACUCACGGCGACGCGCCCUGCUUCGACUUGCCGCCCUCGCGCCCGCUGACAGCACGGAGUCCCCAGGCCCUGGGAGAUGAGGUUCGCGUGCAUUUUUGCGCUUCGGCAUCAGACUCCCGUUUGUCAAGUUAUGUGACGAGGGCUUCGCUGGAUGUGAUGAGCGACGCUGAUGAGUUUGGCGAUGCCAGUGACAUUCCCGCGCCACCAUCCAGGCGGCGGAGAUGCAACCUGCCCCCGCUUCCGUCUGGCGAGGUGGGCGAAGUCCAGGCGCUGCGCCGUGGAGGCGCAGACGACGUGGAGCCUGUGCAGGCGGUGCCGCAGCCCGCGACGUCAACGCAGCGGCUGGCAACGCAGUUCCUGGCUAAUGAUGUCCAUGUUUUCUUGGACCAGUGCGGCGGCGAUCUCCCCGGGCUGGGCUGGGGGGCGGAGAUGAAGGCGUCGGCCGCGAGCUACACGGGGCAGGAGGCCGCUGGAGGCGCCCCCCCGGCCACGGCUGCGCCAUCGGUGGACGUGCUCAGCGCGUGCGAAGGCUGGGUGCGACAGGCGCCCCUGGACCCCGGGAGCGCGCUCAAGGCCGAGGAAGAGGUGGAGACAAUGCCCGCAACUCCUCGCGCGUGGGCGUCGGCUGCAGAGCGGGGGCGGAUCGCCCUGGCGCUGUCGCCAGCAUCGGCCACGGCAUCGACCCUGGAGAGCAGCGCGGCGCCAGCAGGACGUCCUCGGCGUGGCCAGGUGGGUUCGCCGAAGUUGGCUGGCUGGCGUGACGUGCACAUCGGGCGGGGCAACAGGCAGCUGGGUCUUGCCCCAUCAUCAUUGGGAAAGCCUUUUCGCAUCAAGAGGCCGGCGGUCACGCAGAAGUGGUUGCAGACGAUGACGUGCCUCGGUGCCUUCUGGAAGUUCAUGGUCCGCAUGCGAGGUGAGCUCCCAUCGUCAGUCCGAGGGGAGCUCCUGAGCGCGCUGUGCCUGAUGCCUUUGAUGCGCUGUGACUUGCGCGCCCCCAUCAGCGGCCUGGCGACGGCGUCGGAUGCGAGGCCAUUGCGACGGGCAGCGCGCAGGUCGUCGCGCCUGCUGCCGCGCGGCAUCGCAGCAGCUCGCGCCUCUCAGUUGGGACGGACAGGUGGCCUCAAUGACGAGGGUAUACUUCUCUCGCUAGUUGAUGGCAUAGGAGGCGGCCGCAGGGCGCUGGACAUGCUCGGCCUCUCCGUGGGAGCGUUCGCGACGAGCGAGAUCGACGAGGAGUCAGCUCGAGUAGUCCGAUACUCGCGGCUCGAUGUUGUCGAGCUGGGCGACGUGACCAGCGCUGGACGCAGCGGUCUUGCAGGCAAUCGGUCUCGGCUCUUCUACGACACCCAGCGGAUCGCGAGGCCCCUGGUCGAGGUGGCGGGGGAGCAGUGCCAGAUCUUCAGGCUCAUCGAGAACGCGGCGUCCAUGGACGACGAGCACCUCUUCGCCAUGUCGGACAUGAUGGUCGCCUGGCAAAGGGCGUCGGUGACACAUGAGCGAGGUGGAGUCCGGCUUGAACCUCAUGAGGAGCCAGGGCCGCAGUCGCGGUGGCUUCGCCCAGGGGUGAAGUGGCCAGCUGGGCAGUGCAGUUCGGGAAGGUUGCCCACCUUUCUCAGGCGCGUGCCGCGGCGCGUCCCUGGCUCGGCCCCGACGGGCAUCACUUUUUGCGAUGAGCAGGCGCUCAAGAGAUGGAGAGCAUACGACCACAGCGACCCGCCGUAUUCGUACAAGCUGGAGCUGCUGCUGGACUUCCCGCCUCGCCGCGCGCUCGGCAACUCCUUCCAGCGCGGCGCGGUGGCAUGGUUGCUGGCACACUGGGCUGUGUUCGCGGGCUACUUGCAGGAGGCGGACGUGCUGAUUGAGACUGUAGGCCGAAGUGAGAGCGAGACUAAGGCCCAGUUUGGCGACCCGCCUUCGGACGACGAGGGCGGAGGCAUCUUCGUCAGGCAGCGUGGCUUCUGGGAGCAAGACGCCGCGCUGGACCCGUCCGUGAUCCUGGUGGAGGAGCUGGCGCGCAGGGCUGAGACGCGCGGCAGCGAUGUGCGUCUCGACGCGCUUGAGAGCAUUGUCGGCGGCCCGCUGGACUUGGCGCGCAGUGGCGUCAUGGCGGUGGCGCCGGACUUCUCACAUCGCUGGCCUUGA